AUGCCCCAACCGUCAACGGAGCGGGCCGCCGCAAGCCAACCGAAGCGCAGGUACACCUCCAAAGCCUGCGAGGAGUGCAGACGCCGAAGGGCCAAGUGCGACGGCCACCGUCCGGUGUGUUCCAGGUGUUCGGAGCGUUCCAUCAAGUGCCAGUACCGGAGUGAAGAGGACGGACGCAAGCCCGCCUCAAAGUCGUACGUCCAGCUCUUGAGGAACAGGAUCGACCUCCUCGAGGCCGUGUUGCAGUCUCAUUCCAUUGACAUCGAGGCAUCCGUCGCUCAACUGUCGGCGGCGGGGACGACCCCACCGCAGCUUAAUCCCGUCCCCGGCACGUCGGCCUCGGGGAGUGAACCGGCGCUGGCUGGGCUGAGUCCCUCCGAGUUCGAUGAUCUUUGCGCGACGUUCGAGGGUGCCCUCUCACUGGACGAGUCCGUCAAUUAUGAUCAGGAUGGUGAGAUGCGAUAUUUCGGCCCCUCCAGCGGUCGCUUGGAAUUCCAGACCGAAAGCACACCAGAGGCAGACGACCAAGGAAGCAGCCCAGCCACAACAAAGUCUGUCGACUCAAAUCGGUAUAUCCUACCCAUAGAAAAGGAAAAGUACCCAGAAGAUCUCCAAAACGAGCUGAUCGACCUCUUCUUUGAGUACCAGAACCCGUGGUGCCAGACCGUCGACGAAAGGCUCUUCAGACAAAGCAUGAAGACCCAAGGGCGUUACUACAGUCCUCUGCUUCUCAACUGCAUGAUGGCUCUCGGGUCCCGGUAUACGGACAGAAUCGACGUGCGUUCCGUCCCGGAGGACCAGAACACCGCAGGGAAACCGUUCUUGCAGAAAGCCGAAGUCCUCUUGCACUACGACAUGAAGCGGCCCACGAUCACCACGAUCCAGUCCAUGUCCAUUCUGGUCGGGGUCUAUGUUUCGUAUGGUUGUGAUGCUGCAGGGUGGCUACACCAAGGGAUGGCAAACCGAUUGGCGCUUGACAUGGGUCUCAAUCUCGACGCCGCAUCUCUGGCGGGAUCGAAUCUCAUCCCAACAGAAGAGAUCGAGCUGCGGCGGCAGAUCUACUGGGCACUGUAUUGCGACGACAAACUUGCAGCCAUCUACACGGGGCGUGUCUGCAACUUUCUAGACGUCCAAGGAGCCGUCAACCUCCCUUCGGUACCAGAAAACAUGACCGAAGAGACGACAGAAAUAGGUGGGAUGGCACGCUGCAACCAAAAGAUCCUCGUCCACCGAGCCCUCAUCGGACUCUGCAGAAUCCUAGAGAACAUCCUCCUCGCCCUAUAUGCACCAAAGCCUUUAUACAAAGGCCCCCAGAGGAUAUCUUUCCUCCAUUCCUGCACCCUAGAGCUCAAGACGUGGUUCUACGAGCUCCCGGCCGAGCUCCGCAUCGACCGCCCCAACGACCUCCCCCAAGUCUACACCCUCAACAUGGUCUACCACACCUGCUGCAUCCUCCUCUUCAAGCCCUUCCUCCUCCGCCCCUCCAAACAGCCCCCGGCGACCCUCAAAUCCGACGCCGUCCGCCGCGCCGAGGUCCUCUGCGUCGAGUCCGCCAAGCGCAUCUGCCUCGCCUGCAAGAAGUACCGCCAGGUCUUCGGCGGCUUCCGCCGGAGCCCCAUCUCCGCCACCCACUGCAUCCUCACCGCCUCCCUCGUCCUGAUCCAGUACGCCCUCCCGGACCCGGACAUGGCCGGCAGCGGGCGGCCCUGCUGCACGCCCUACAUCGAGCUCUGCCUCGAGGUCCUCGCCGAGCUGUCGACCUCGUGGAAUCCGGCCGGACGCAUGCGCGCGGACCUCAUCAGGCUGCUGUACCAAAAGUACCCGGAGCGGAUCCCGCACUCGUUGCUGCAGCAGUGCAGCGCCGACAAGGGCUCAUCCGCGGCCGCCGGCGGCGGCGGCGGUGUUGGUGGCACGUCGAAGGAGAAGCCGUCGGCGGCGCGGACGCACCCGACGCAGACGCACCCGACAUUGGAGCAGAACCUGUGUCCGUUGAUGAACAUGCUCGACCAGGAUUUCACCUGGGACGCGUCGAUACCGGCGGCGGCGGCGCAGCCCGGGCUGUUCGUGGACGCGUCGGAACCCGUGUAUAAUACCCAGUUCGCCCUGGCCGAUUCGAUCAUGGAUUUCGGCGCGGAGGAGAACGGGCAGGAUCUGAUGGACGAUGCGUUCUGGGCCGGGGUGAACUUUGAUUUUGGGUUUGAAGCACAGUCGUAG